AUGAAAUGUCUCGGGAAAAUUCUCUCGACUGAAGAAAAUGAAACCAAAUCCGACAUUUUCCAACAACAGGCUGCUAUUAUGGCAGCAGCAACCGCACAAGGAACAUACAUUAAUCCAAUGGCUGCGAUAGCAACUCAACUUCCCCAUCCACCGAUAAAUGGAAUGGCGAAUUCUGCAUUGCCGCCAACAUCAGAUGUACCAGUGGGUCCUGUAGGUCCAGUAGGUCCUGGAAAUGGCCAGCCAAUCAAUGGCACAAUGCCAAGUUUACCAUCCCCCACUAUGCCAACAUUUAAUAUGGCGGCACAAACUCCCAAUGGGCAGCCUGCCGGGCAAGAGCCGCCAGUGUACACUAACGGAAUCCCUCCUCCACAAACUUAUCAAGCACACGCGCUACAUCUGUCCAUACCUGCACAAGGCUUGCCGAAUGGUGAGGCUGCGCUACAGCAUCCCGCAUAUCCAGGUAUGCAGCCGGCGUAUCCAGGUGUUGGUUGCUCAAUAUCAGGUCCUGAAGGCUGCAACCUCUUCAUAUAUCAUCUACCACAAGAAUUUGGAGACGCAGAAUUAAUGCAGAUGUUUCUUCCCUUUGGAAACGUGAUUAGUUCGAAAGUAUUUAUUGACCGUGCCACAAACCAGAGUAAAUGUUUUGGAUUUGUAUCUUUCGAUAAUCCAGCCAGUGCUCAAGCCGCCAUCCAAGCUAUGAACGGCUUCCAAAUAGGCAUGAAGAGACUUAAGGUUCAAUUGAAAAGGCCCAAAGACGCCAGUCGGCCCUACUAA